AUGCAAGCGACUUUCCAGCCGUACGGGCGCGUGAGUUUCCGUGGAGAGCAGCGAAGAGGCGCAGCGUGUGAUCCGCGUGUAUCUCUGCUCAUCGUCUUCCCCGUUCUCUGUCUCGUUGUGGUACUGUACGAGUUCCUCUACCUGCAAGAGUUUACAGCCAGCACGACGACAGGAGACGGUCCCGUUGCAGACCAAAGCGUUUAUUUGAGGACUGGCGAGGAAGUGGCUGUCGAGUCGAUGGCCGAGCCUUCGACGGCUCUUCCUUCGAUUGUCAAUGGACGUCGGACGAUCGUUAUGGUCGCCAAUUACCGCGACUCGACAAGGUGUGCGGAGACGCUGCGGUCGAUCUUUGACAACGCAGCAGUGCCGGACAACCUGAAGAUCAGUAUUUACGACCAGAUUUACCCUGCGAGGAAGGAGCGCCCUUGCGCUGACGCGUUUUGCGAACUUGUGGGGGAAGAAGACUGCCGCCGCUCACAAAUUGUGUCGUCCCAGAUUGACGCUGUCAAUGCGACGGGACCCACUGCUGCGCGGUAUGAGACGGAAAAGACGAUCACGGACGAAGACUUUUGCCUGACGAUUGACUCGCACAUGCUUUUUGUCCGCAACUGGGACGAGAACGUCAUCGCGCAGUGGGACUCGAUCGACAACCCGAACGGCAUCAUCUCGAUAUACCCAAAGUCCACUGAGCAUUUGACGAACCACGAGGUAGAUGGCAUGGUGCAAAUCAUGUGCAUGUCGCGCAUUGAGACGAAGGACCCAGACGCCAUGGUGCAGUACGCGGCGCCCGCUUGGGUUGACAAGAAGGACAUGCCGAAGCCGAGAUUGAUGUCGCAGCUAGCUGGUGGAUUCAACUUUGGUAGUUGCAAGCCGGUGAAAGAGGUGCGCAACGACCCGUACACGCCGUACCUUUUCCAUGGCGAAGAGUACUCGCGUGCGACGCGGCUCUGGACUGCGGGCUACGACUUCUACGCGCCCUCGGACGAUAUCGCUUAUCACUGGUAUGAAGAACGAAAGGUGGUAUGGGAGCGCGACUGGAAUAGGCGGUACAAAGUGCAGCAGAGGUCGAAGCGACGCGUUCGCUCGAUCCUCAAACUGCCUGUCACGGAAGAAGACUUUGACCACACCGACCUGGAGAAGUUUACUCUUGGUACGAAGCGGACGUUGGAGCAAUGGAAGAAGUUUUCCGGCAUCGAUCCUCUGGCGGAGUUUAUUUCAGCUGAGGCUAUUCAGUUUGACAACUGCGCGCAGCAGCUCGAGUACGUGCCGUACUAG